AUGAUGACAGAUUUUCGCAGUUGUCAACAACAGUAUUGCGAUGGUCCAUCGGUAUCUUCAGCAGCACCUGUUUCAGUUUCGUCUUACGGCUCUUACUUUCAUCCAAACAGUGCUAAUAACUCAGCAACUCAAUUGUAUUCGACUGUGGAUGGACAGUAUGGUGCUGUUGCUCAAUUUGCACCAUCAUAUGCAUCACAAUUCUAUCAUCAACAUCAGCAAAACCAACAUCCAUAUUCAACAGAUAUUCGCAGUUAUACAGCGUAUGAUCUGGAUGCAUCCUCACUGACUCCAACAUCGAAUACGUCUUCAUCGUCAUCAUUUCUACCACAUUAUUCAACUUUACAACCGACAAAUUCACCCUAUCUUCAUCUUCGAGCACCAUCAAUUUCACCACCACCGCCACCGCAAUCGUCAUCCGAACUUAGUCUAGAAAAAUCUCAUCUGAACAAUACGAAUGGUUUCUACUCAACAGCACAUUCUCAUGUUUCACCAUCUAGCUCAAUUAUGUCAUCUUCAGCAGCUGGCUCACGAUCACCUUCAAGUCAUUCGGGUGAUGAGCAAUCCAACUUAACAUUGACACCGCAUAAAAAUGAUCAUCAUACGGGCACGACUACCGAUCCAAAUAAUAUGUCUUUGCCUGGCACUGGCUCAUGUGAUGGUACACGUCGAUGUCUACUCUGGGCAUGUAAAGCUUGUAAACGCAAAACUGUGACUGUUGAUAGACGAAAAGCCGCAACAAUGCGUGAACGACGACGUUUACGUAAAGUAAACGAAGCAUUUGAAACUUUGAAACGACGAACAUGUCCAAAUCCGAGUCAACGGUUGCCAAAAGUGGAAAUCUUACGCAAUGCUAUUGAAUACAUUGAAAAUUUAGAAGAUCUACUUCGUUCAGCAGGUGUUAGUUCCAGAUCAUUAAGGCACGAUUUAGAUCAGAAACCAUCGUUACCCUCGACAACAGCAACAACAACAAAUGCAACCGCAAAUCUCAAUUCAAAUGAUUUAUUAAAAUCCAGAUCGUCAACGACAACCUACAGUGAAAAAUACACUACUUCAUCGUCGUCAACUUUCACAACUACUACGGAUUAUAGCACCAAUUCAUCAACACCCUCUGUUUACGGAGGUCUUGAUAUCAUUUCAUUAACAGUGACAAAUGAUGAGAAUUCUUCGGCAAUACAAUCCGAUCGUAAUCGAACCUACAUGUUAUUCGUUGCCGAAGAUGUGCCCAUCGGCCAUACACAAACGAUCGACACAUUCGAUUCAACAUUUUGCUCAAUGUAUUCCAUAAAACCCGAUUCCUAUCGUCAAGAAAUACCGUUUGAGAUUCUGUUAACAACGAAUGAUAGUUGUACAUUAACGUUACAUGUAAUUCGUUUGCUUGACCGCGAACAAACACCGAUGUUUACUAUACGUCGACAAUUAAUUGCUGAAAAUGAUGUUGAUGAAACGAAUGUUGUAACUAUUCAAUUAUCUGUCGUUGUUCUUGAUGUUAAUGAUCAUGUUCCACAAUUUGAAAGUGAACAUUUCAAUUUUGUUAUACCGGAAAAUCUGCCGCCAGGCUCAUUGAUUGGCCGAGUGCAAGCUCACGAUCCGGACAUAUUUCUCAAUGGGAAAGUUUCGUAUAACUUAUUCGGGCACGAUCUUAUUCAAACAGGAAAUCGAACGAUGUUUCGAAUUGACAGAGACACCGGAGAAUUAUUCUUAAUGGAUCAUCACUUGGACUACGAAUCCAAAAAAGAAUACACAUUAAUGGUCGAAGCAAAAGAUCAUGGUGAUGUCGAAGCAACUCAAUGGCCAUCUGUACCCUCUUAUGCUGAUAUUGUUAUUAGUAUUGAAGAUAUUAAUGAUCAAAAACCUCAAAUUAUCUUUACAAUGCCCAAUGAAGAUAAACAAGAUGAAAAUAUCAAAUUUAUGAAUAUAUCGAAAACAAAUUUAGAUCAUGAACAAAAUCGUCUAUUACAAUCAUUUCGCUCAAAGGUCAAUCUUCUUGAAAAUGAUGCCGAAUUGAUCCAUUUUGUUAAAGAAGAACCAUUACCUGCUGAUACACUUCUUGGUUUACUUCAUUUACGGGAUAAUGACCAAACGUCAAACGGUAUUCUUACACUAGAAUUACAAACCUAUGUACGCUGUUCCGGUGAGAGAUUUCAUCGAGAUAAUUUCACACUAUGUCGCAUAUCGGAUUUUUUUCGUUUAUCCGUUUUUCGACCAAACGUAUACGGUUUGUUUACUGUUCGAACACUUGAUCGUGACGAACAUGAAAAUUACAUCUUACAUUUCCUUGCCAAUGACAAUGGUGAUCGUCCGAUACGAGCGGAACAGAAGCGUUUGAUCUCACGGCAAAGCACAUCGUUGAAUAUUGAAGAUUUUCUCAAACGUCGUCUGGACAUCAAUGCUAACACAAUGAAAUCAGCAUUGACAUCAUUACAAUCCGAACUGUUCAUUUACUUAACGCUUUUGGAUAUCAAUGAUAAUGCUCCAAUCUUCAGUCAAAGUUAUUUUCAUAUAAAAAUCGAUGAAAAUCAACCGAAAAACACCGUUCUUACACAAUUGCAUGCAUCCGAUCUCGAUAAAGGAAAAAACGGAACUGUCCGUUAUGAAUUAAUGGUAAAAGAACGCCAAGAAUUUUCUAUCGACAGUCGGUCAGGUAUCCUACGUACGCGACAUGUACUCGAUCGUGAGCAAUGCGAAUUGUACCGUAUCGGCAUACGUGCUCACGAUCUUGGAUAUCCUACGCGAAAGUAUUCCUCCAUUGCCAUUGUGGAUGUGCAAAUCAACAAUCUCAAUGACCAUGUUCCAUAUUUUAUUCAUGAUGUUUAUCAUUUCGAUAUGAAAGAAAACUUACCGAUUGGAACUAUUGUCGGCCGAUUAACAAUAGCCGAUCGAGAUGAACAGGAACCAGUGGAAAAAAUUAUUAAUCUGUCAACCAUUGAAGAUGUCGAUUUGGAAUUAUUCAAUCUAACACUAAUGAGUAAAACAUCAAGAACAAUGAAUUAUUCCACGAUUGAUUUUCUAUUCGUUGACUCCAACCGAAACGAGUCCUUAUCGAAUAUAUUUUCUAUUGAUUCCCAAGGUUUUAUCCAUACAUUGAUUGUACUUGAUCGAGAAUUACAAUCGAAUUAUACCCUAUCAAUAUUCAUAUACGAUCGUCUUUUGAAGUCAUAUUCACUUCCAACUUAUGUUAUUAUUCAAAUUCUGGAUGAAAAUGAUAAUUUACCAUUUGAACCAUUCCUUGCCAAUCCAUUUGAUUUGUCUGUUGAACAGAUCAAUAACGAAGAAACAAUCAUUUACGAAUUUCAACCCAUAGAUCUCGAUGAAGGUCUCAACGGGAUGAUUUCGAUCGACUGUUUGAAUUGUUCAUCAGUACACUACUUUCAUCUUGUUGUGAACAAUGCAACAAAUUCGUCGUUGUUGAUAACUCGAGCAAAUAUGACCGUACCUGAUGGCUUCUACACAUUGGCAUUUGUUCUUCGCGAUCAUGGUUUAUUCAUAUCGCGUGAACGAUUAUAUACAUUAAAAUUUAAUUUAACACAUCGUUUGAUUCCUGAUGAAAUUGAGCACGAACGAGAAAGUAAUAUGUACUUGCGUCCACUGGCAAUUCCGUUUUUUCUUCGUCAGAAAAAUCUUAUUUUGAAACUCUUCUCACAGAAAUUCGAAUGGCGGUUUUUAAUCUUACUGAUCGUCAGUUGGUUUGUGCUCGUCUGCAUCGCCGUGUGGACGUGCUAUAGUUACAGUCGCAUAGCACGCCGGAGACAAAAGGAAAAGCAAGAACACGAACAAUUUGAAAUUCAAGUUCGUCAACAUGAGAUUCUUAGUCAAUCUGCUACUGUCUUACCAAAAUCUGCAUCUUUUCCACUCAAUUCUCAGCAUCAACGUGGCAAAGAAACGUUAACACACGAGGACGAUGAAAUCGAAGAUACAAGCUAUGAUGCUGAUCAUAUUAUAACUGAUGCUAAUUUUGUUCUUACGUCUGGCUGUGCGGCCAGCGAGUCUGCCGGUCGAUAUCUUGGCAACGGCGUUCAUUUCGGUUAUCUUCCAUCGAAUAAUAAUCUUUCGGCUAAUUUAAACUCUAUUGCAAUCCGGAAUCAUCAAUCGCAAGUUGCACUUCGUUCAGCGCAUUUUCCUCGAUUAAACAACUCCUGUUCCCGCUGCCAGCUAUCAUCAUCAAUAAUGAACUCAAGAGAAACCAUGUUAACCGAUGCUGCAACGAACACGUCAUUCCAUGAAGACAAUGAAAACGAUACCGACGGACUUUGGAAGCAAAUGAACACAAACAAUCGAAUGCUAUACGAAAACGCCAGUACAAUUCUACACAAUGAUUAUCAAUUCGAACCGAUUGAUCAUGACUUUCCUUCGAUUGAUAUCGGAACGAUGCCAUCGUCAGCGAUAUCAACACCAUAUCAAACAACUAAUCCUCAUGCUAUCAAACGUCCUGUUCCAAUUAAUAAUUACCACUCGAAUCCAAUCAUCGAACGUCCGAAAAAGUAUCAUCAACAACAGUAUAUCGUCACAACGAAACGAAAUUCAACUGUCAAUCCAUCCGAUUUCGAAUCGACAACACAUUCUUAUACAUUACCCAGAUCGAUAACAUCAGAUCAAAUCUCAAAUAGCGGUAACAAUAAUACUAAUAACAAUAUGAAUAGUUCAAACAAUCGAUCAGCACAUAGUAACCGACUUUAUUAUUAUCCUAGUGUACAAGAUGUACUUGAUGCGCUAAAUCGUCGUGCUUUUGAUAAAGAAUCGUUUGUUUAG